UCUCUUCUUUGUUUUCUCAUUAUUGGUUUCAUGGAACUAUGUUGGCUUCAUUUGUGUGAUGAGUAUGGUUGAUGCUCAGGGAACUGAAGGUUUUUCAAGCUGCUCUGACAGAAGGUAACAUUUAUACAUCUCGAGUUCUCUUUGCUGUUUUAAUUUUAUCUCUAUUUUCUCCUAGACUCCUAGUGGGUUGGUUUUGAAUUCCUUUGAGUUGCUAAAUUGGAAAUGCCGAAGAUCAGUUGUAGUUUUUGUUUGAGAAAUUUCAAGUUUCUAUUUGGCCAGUUUCAGUACUUUAGCUACUGCUAUGGCGAAUGAUAAAUCUGUAAACAUGCCGAAUCUAGACCUGGAAGAUAAAUUGGCUGCACGAAGCCCAUUGUUUACAACAGGAUCAACCUCAGGAAACAAAAGUAUAAGAGAAGUUAGUGAUGAUUUAGAGGAAUGUUUUGGUUCAGUUGAAGAAAAGGUUAUGAUAUGGGAGUCGUCUAGGACUAGGAUAUGGGAUUCUGGAGAUGUAGCAGUCACUGAAUAUCUUCAAGCCAUUAGUGAAGCUCAAAGAAUAGGCGAAAUUUUGAGAAACUUCCAUGCAGAGAAUGAGGCAGGUGUGAAUAAGGCUGAUGAGCUUUUAGACCGAGUUCAAAUUGUUAUAAGAAUUUCUAUGGUAAAGCUUGAAGAAGAGUUCUCCCACAUUAUUGUUCGCAGGAAUCGACCCUUUGAGCCGGAAUGCAUGUCAUUUCAUUCUAGUGAUGUAGGUACCAUGGAUGGGAUCUCAAUUAGUUCAUUUGAGUUGGACCAGAAUCUGAUUGGUGAGUCAUCGUCCCGAUAUAGCAGUAGUACAUACUCAGGUAAACACACUAUAGAUUUAGUCCAUCAGUACACAAAUCCUGACCUGAAUCAAAUUGUGACUGCAAUGUUCACCAACCAUUUCGACAUGGAAUGUUGUGAUGCUUACAUUAAUGCUCGCAAAAAUGCUUUAGCUGAGUGUCUUUUCAUGCUUGAAGUGGAUAACCUGAGCAUUGACGUCAGGGAAGCAGGCACAGAAAUCAGUAAGAUAAAGGAAGGGAAGCGGGACGCGAGCUUUAUUAUCAAAAUCAAGAAAUGGAACCGGGCUAUGAAGAUCACAACUGACUAUCUUGCUCGCGAGAAACAACUUUGUGAUCGGGUUUUUGGGGAGUUUAAAUCAGUUGCGCCAACUUGUUUGGCGAAGAUAUUUGAAGUAUCAAUGAUAGAAUUGCUGAAAUAUGGUGAAGCCAUUAUGGAUUUCGAUGGGCAAGAGCCAGAAAAACUGUUUUUGAAACUUGACAUGUAUGAAGUCUUGCGGGAUCUUCUCCCAGAUAUAGACAAUAUGUUCUUAGAGGAGGAGGCAGGUUCUUCUGUUAGAUAUGUGUUUCGUGAAUUGUUAAAGAGAUCUGGUGAUUCUGUUAGGGAAACUGUUGUAAAAUUUGAGAAGGCAAUCGGAUCGGACCCCUCAACUAAACCAUUCACUGGAGGUGGUACACAUGAUAUAUCCAAGUACGUUAUGAAAUACAUCGCGAUACUUGCUAGUGAUUACAGUGAUACCCUUGGUCUGCUGUUUGGGGUUCCUCAUGGAGGUGAUACUCUUGAGGAAAAUGAAAAAGAGGAUGAUGCUUUACGAUGCAUUUUUCUCAUGAACAACAUCUUUUACAUGGUUUCAAAGGUUAAAAAGAAUUCUAAUCUUAGACAAUUUUUUGGAGACUACUGGAUCAGAUAACAGGUAGCAGAAUAUCAAGGAUACGCAAUGGACUACGAGAGAGCUACAUGGCGCCCCAUCCUCAAUUUACUGAGGUACGAGGGAAUGUUUAUUCCAGGUACACGUUCAGUAUCAAAGCGUGUCUUGAAAGAAAGGUUGAAGGAGUUCAAUCUUUCUUUUGAGAAGGUUUACAAGAUCCAAACAGCAUGGUUAAUCCCAGAUCCCCAACUUCGUGAAGAACGCCGAAUCCAGGUUUCAAUUAACGUAUUCCAGGCUUACAGAACUGUUAUAUGGAUGCAUGACGGGAAGUUCAUCAAAUACACUUCAGAUGAGUUGCAGACGUACAUUUCUCAUCUUUUUGGCGGGUCUCCAAAAUUAUUGCCCAACUCUGCUAGGACAUGAAGUUUCUUUGCAUCAUUUACUGAAGUUUUUUUGUUCAUGAUGCUACUCACAUCUGUUAUUAUUUUUUAUUUUUUUAUAAAUAAGAAACCUGAGUUACUGACAAAUAGUAAUAAGGGAAGGAGCCUCUCACAACUGAGGACUUUGAGAUCUUCCUCCAGCUCUAGCUAGCCUUUGGAGAUCAGGAAAUUCACCAUAUUUAAUGGACUUACAAAGUACUGUCUCAAAAGAUUUCAAACUUAAAA